AUGACCACAUAUGACGACAUCUUGGAGGAGAUCGGCCAGUUCGGUCGAUGCCAAAAACGAAUAGUUGCCCUGUUCUGUUUGGUCUCCAUGCCUUUCCCUUGUGCCUACAUUGGGAUUGUGUUCCAGGGCUUCACCCCCGAACACUGGUGCCGUGACCCGGGCGUCAGUCAGAUCGCCGAGCAUUGUGCUUGGAGUCUUCAGGACACGCGAAGGGUCACCGUGCCCCUCGUGAACACCUCGGCAGGUGUGGGAUACAGUCAGUGUGAGAGAUACAACAUCGACUGGAACUCCACCGAUCUCACCUGUGACCAUCCUGAAGGCGACCCCAGCCCGGCCCGACGUUUAGCGUCACCUGUGUCGGCCUGCACGGAUGGUUGGGUGUAUGACUAUGAAGGGAGACAUUCUUUUGUCACCGAGUUUGAUCUAGUGUGUGCGGACGCCUGGUAUGUUGACAUGUUCCAGGCAGCACUCAAUGUGGGUUUUUUGGUGGGAAGCAUUGCCAUCGGAUACCUGGCUGACAAAAUCGGUAGAAUGAAGAGUUUCCUGCUGACCAACUUCUUCAUUGCAGUAACAGGAAUUCUGGUUGCCACAUCCCCCAAUUACAUCGCCCUGCUGGUGUUCAGAGCUUUAUAUGGCUUCGGGGUGAAGGGUGGCUGGAUGGUUGGAUACGUACUAAUCACAGAGCUGGUGGGAGUGGAGUACAGGAGAACAGUGGGAGUGACCUAUCAGAUGUUCUUCAGCAUCGGCAUUUUAGUACUUUCUCUCUUUGCUUACAUCAUACCAAACUGGCGCUGGCUGCAGGUGGCCUUCACUGUACCUUACAUCUUCUUUCUGUCAUAUUACUGGUUUAUCCCUGAAUCACCAAGAUGGCUUCUCUCCCAAAACAAAAAAGCCAAAGCAUUGGAGAUCACACAAGAAAUAGCCAAAGAGAACAAAAAGACACUGUCCAAGAAUAUUGAGACUUUACAAGAUGACAGUGCAGAUUCUUCCUCAACUGCUUCCUUUCUGGACUUGAUCAAAACUCCCAACUUAAGAAAAUACACCUUCAUCUUGAGUUUCAACUGGUUCACCAGCGCUGUGGUUUAUCAGGGUCUCAUUAUGAGGUUGGGAAUCAUUGGAGGAAAUGUAUAUUUAGACUUCCUCAUAUCUGGAAUUGUGGAAUUCCCAGCAGCGUUCCUCAUUCUUCUCACUAUUGAGCGGAUCGGCAGACGCCUUCCGUUUGCAGCCGCGAAUAUCAUGUCCGGGGCUGCCUGCUUAAUCACGGCAUUCAUUCCCGACAGUAUGUUCUGGUUUAAAACCAUUGUCGCUUGUAUCGGUCGUCUGGGCAUCACUAUGGCUUUUGAAAUGGUUGUAUUUGUGAACACUGAACUCUAUCCCACUGUUAUCAGAAAUUUGGGUGUAUCCGUCUGUUCUACAUUAUGUGACAUUGGAGGGAUUGUAGCUCCAUUCCUACUUUACCGGCUUGCUGUUAUCUGGCUAGAAUUGCCACUCAUUAUAUUUGGUGCUCUCGCGUUUGUGGCUGGUGGACUGGUUCUGCUCUUACCUGAAACCAAAGGUAUGCCUCUUCCAGAAACCAUCGAUGACAUCGAAAAUCCAAAGAGCAACAAAGAAAACCAUCUGAAGAGUCAACAGGUUGAGAAUCUGCUGCCGUCUGGUGUGACAUCCAACAAAGACGUUACAACCGUCUGAUUGUUUACAGCCUUGUAAGACAGAACACAGCAACCUCUGUCACAUCAUCAUUGUUUCUAUUAAAAUAUCACACUAUAUUUGAGCAACAUCAAACAAGUUUCAAACAAGCGGCUCCUCACUCCAGACAAACUCUCACUCCGCAAUGCACACAUACUUUGGACUGGAACAUCAUGAGCGCAGGCACGCGGGGUGAAGCUACAAAUGAUGACGCAAACGAGUCAUGUUGCUAAACCUCACCUCUUAUCAAAAUCAAACUGGUUCUGACCGGAAACAAAUAUUUGAAAAAACGUAUUUUUUAAUGAUUUAAGCAUUA